AUGGCUCGACAUGGGCUAGAGACUCACUCUUCCCACUCUCGACCUACCUCCCCCCUCCCCCUCCCCACUCUCGACCUACUUAAACAUGAUUCCGUCCUUGCCGCCGUCCUCUCCUCUCCCCCCCCACUUCCCUGCUCCUAUUCUCCCCUUUUCGCCCUGAUUUUUCUCUCCCUUCUCUUCCCUCCCUCUCCCUCACAACCUCUCCCAGUUCGCACCUCUCUGCUUCCCCUCCGACUUCUUUCUAUCCAGUCACUUCUUUGUCUCCCGUACUUACCCCUCUCAACCCCCCCCCCUUCAUCCCCUCCCACACCCCUCUCAUCCCCUCUCCCCCAUUCUCAUCCCCUCUCCCGCCCUCUCAUCCCCUCUCCCCCCAUCUCAUCCCCUCCCCCCUUUUCAUCCCCUCUCCCGCCCUCUCAUCCCCUCUCCCGCCCUCUCAUCCCCUCUCCCCCCUCUCAUCCCCUCCCCCCUCUCUCGUCCCCUCUCCCCCCUCUCAUCUCCUUUUUCCCCCUCUCUCAUCCCCUCUCCCACCCUCUCAUUCCCUCUCCUAACCUCUCAUUCGCUCUCCCACCCUCUCCUUUUCUCUCAUCCCCUCUCCUUCCCUCUCAUCCCCUCUCCCACCCUCUCUCACCCUCUCGUUCCCUCUCAUCCCUUUUCCCACCCUCUCCUUCCCUCUCAUUCCCUCUCCCACCCUCUCCUUUCCUCUCAUCCCCUCCCCCACCCUCUCCUUCCCUCUCAUCCCCUCUCCCGCCCUCUCAUCCCCUCUCCCCCCUCUCAUCCCCUCUCCUUUCCUCUCAUCCCCUCUCCCACCCACCCUCUCCUUCCCUCUCAUCCCCUCUCCCACCUUCUCCUUUCCUCUUAUCCCCUCUCCUACCCUCUCCUUCCCUCUUAUCCCCUCUCCCUCCCUCUCAUCCCCUCUCCCACCCUCUCCUUCCCUCUCAUCCCCUCACCCACCCUCUCCGUCCCUCUCAUCCCCUCGCCCACCCUCUCCUUCCCUCGACUGCCGUGGCAGCAACGCUUCUCCCAACCGCACACGCGCCAUCCGCCUCACCCAUCCUCCCUCCUCCCGCACCCCCCUCCCUCUCCACACCCACCUCCACCACUCCCCACCCCUCCCCGCCUCUCUCCUCCUCCUCCUCCUCUCCCCACUCCUCCCUCUUCACCCAAACCAUCCCCUUCACCGUCCGCCCUCUCAUCUCCGCGCCUCUCCCCACCUCCUCCUCCAUCACCCCCACCUCACCCGCCCUCCCCUUCACCCCCAACCGCACCUUCGUGCAGCUGCGCACCAACCUCCAAGUCGCCGACAACUCGGGCGCGCGCCGCGUGCAGUGCAUCAAAGUCCUGCGCGGGCGCGCGCCCAACGCGGCGGGCCUGGGCGACGUGAUCAUCGCGUCGGUGAAAGACGCGGAGCCGCGGGGGAAGGUGCGCAAGGGGGAGGUGGUGACGUGCGUGGUGGUGCGCGCCGCCACGCACCACAAGCGCAAGGAUGGGACCGAGGUGCGGUUUGAUGGGCCGGCGGCUGUGGUGAUCAGCAAGGCAGGGGAGCCGGUGGGGACGCGCGUGUUUGGGCCGGUGCCUCAUGAGCUGAGGGCGCGCAAGAUGCUGAAGCUGCUCACCCUCGCACAGCACGUCAUAUAA